GGUAGCGAGGGUCAAGGGGGCGUGGACGUUUGUUGACCGAGACGAGAAACGCCUGCGGUGUAAUGAACCCGGUUUGCUUCCCCAGCCCGUCAGUCUCCAGAGGAGGCCUGUGAAGUGAACCGAAUCGCUGCUGCAGCUCUAAAAGCCAGGUUCUUUGAGGAGUUAACUCAAAUGACUGAGCAGCUGCUGUGAAAUAAGCAUUUUUUUCUGUCUGCUGUGCAUACCGUCUCUUAAUCUUUGGAAAUGUCACGAACCAGCUUUGUGAUCCUUCACAGAAGGAUCUCUGGGUGUUAAUGAACUACAACAUUGAAGAACUGCUCUUAGCUUCUGUGGACUCUGCUUCUCCAGCAAAUGACCCUUGAGAAAAACUAACCAGUUUCUUGCAAAUCUGAAAUCAUGGCUCAUGAUUUGGUGAUGUUCAGGGAUGUAACUGUAGACUUUUCUCAGGAAGAGUGGGAAUGUCUGAACUCAAAUCAGAGGAAUUUGUACAGAGAUGUGAUAUUAGAGAACUAUAGCAACCUGGUGUCACUGGGAGGAUGUUCCAUUUCUAAACCAGAUGUGAUUACUCUGUUAGAGCAAGGGAAAGAACCCUGGAUGAUUGUGAGGGAUGAGAAAAGAAGAUGGAGCCUAGAUUUGGAAUCCAGAUAUGACACUAAAAAGUUAUUUGAAGUAAAGGAUGUUUGUGAAAUGAAUGUAUCUCAGUGGGAGAUAAUGCAAAGAAUUAGAAGUUGUGGCCUUGAAGAUUCCUUUUUCAGGAAAGAUUGUGAAUAUAAAAAGUUUGAGGGACAAGAGGGUCCUCAGGAGGCGUAUUUCAGGCAAGUGAAAAAAACCACCUCUGAAAAAAUGCCCAAGAACAAAAAACGCACAUCUCUUACUCUGUAUCAGAGAAUUCACAAUAGAGAGAAACCCUAUGAAUGUGGGGAUUGUGGGAAGGCUUUUAGAGUACGCCAGCAACUCACUUUCCAUCAGAGAAUUCAUACUGGUGAGAAACCCUAUGAAUGCAAAGAAUGUGGAAAAGCCUUUAGACAGUGUGCCCACCUUAGUCGACAUCAGAGAAUUCAUGCUUCUGACAAACUCCUUGAAUGUAAAAGAUGUGGAAAAAUCUUUACAUGUGGUGCAGAUCUUCGUGUACAUCAGAGAAUUCAUGUUGGUGAGAAGCCCUAUGACUGUAAGGAAUGUGGGAAGGCCUUUAGAGUGCGAGGACAACUUAAUCUCCAUCAAAGGAUUCAUACUGGUGAGAAACCCUAUGAAUGUAAGGAAUGUGGGAAGACCUUUAGACAAUAUGCACACCUUACUCGACAUCAAAGACUUAAUAUUGCUGAGAAAUGCUAUGAAUGUAGGGAAUGUGGGCAGGCUUUUCUGUGUAGUACAGGCCUUAGAGUACAUCACAAACUUCAUACUGGUGAGAAACCCUAUGACUGUAAGGAGUGUGGGAAGGCCUUUAGAGUGCGGCAACAACUUACUCUCCAUCAGAGAAUUCAUACUGGCGAGAAACCCUAUGAUUGUAAGGAAUGUGGGAAGACCUUUAGUCGUGCCUAUCAUCUAACUCUCCAUCAGAGAAUUCAUACUGGUGAGAAACCUUAUGAAUGUAAGGAAUGUCAGAAGUUCUUUCGUCGUUACUCAGAACUUAUUUCACAUCAGGGUAUUCAUAUUGGAGAGAAACCCUAUGAUUGUAAGGAAUGUGGGAAGGCCUUCAGACUGUUCUCACAACUUACUCAACAUCAGAGCAUUCAUUUUGGUGAGAAACCUUAUAAGUGUAAGGAAUGUGAGAAGACUUUUAGACUGCUCUCCCAACUUACUCAACAUCAGAGUAUUCAUACUGGUGAGAAACCCUAUGACUGUAAGGAAUGUGGAAAGGCUUUUAGACUCCAUUCAUCACUUAUUCAGCAUCAGAGAAUUCAUUCUGGUGAGAAACCAUACAAAUGUAAGGAAUGUAAGAAGGCAUUUAGACAACAUUCACAUCUUACUUACCAUCAGCGAGUUCAUAAGGUCACUAAAUAAUUAUUAGAAAGCCAUCCAUUGUGAAUUUUGUGUUAAGGAGCAGUAGAAAAUAAAUUCUGGAGGAAAAGUGUUUGAAUGUAGGAAUCCCUUUUGCUUCAUGCUCAAAAUUAAAAUAAGAGGUUUUAAAAGAACAGGUUAAUUUAAUGAAUAUAUAGAAAUAUUUCAUCACCAUUCAAACCGUGUUAAACUUUAGGAAAUUCUAGAAAGAAACUCUCUUAAAGGAGUGAAUGUGGAAAAGCUUUUGAUCUUACCUGUUAUCACCUCUAUUCUUUCAUCUGUACAGUAUACCUAUGGAAGUUGCCAGGGUACCAGCUCAUUCUGGAAAUUGAUAAAUAAAAGGAAGGAAAUGUGAUUUAGCCUGCAUUUCCUGUAUAAACUAUAUUUCAAGGCAACUAGAAGUUGAUGAGGUAAAGUUCUUUAUUAGAGAUUUUUACAGGACAUAAUGAGAUAAUGGAUCUAGGCACAAUUCUCAGUAGAGGUGUUAAGACCAUUAGGUGAAUGGUUGAUGUCAACUUCUUAGUGAAUAGAUCAGGUUGACAACAUCUGAACCCACUGAUCAAUUUUAAUCUCAUCAAAAAUAGGACAAAACAUUUUGUGCCUCUUGAUAUGAUACAGUAAGACAUACCAUUGACAAAAAAUACUGAACCAGAAUCUAGUUAAAGCAUCAAGAUCUAACUCACAGUUUAGAGAAAAUUCAGGAAACAAGAACAAAUUACAUGAUUCAACAAGGUGCAGACAAAUCUAAAAUGUGGGUAAUUCUACAAGAGUAAUGACAGCUUCUCAACCAAUAAAAUGGAUUGAAAAAAGGGAGGUGGAACUCUUAGAUAUUAAGAGUCUUAAGAGAUGUAUCAAUCAAAUGCAAUGAAUGAGUGGUUCUCAUUUUAGAUCACAUGUUGAACAAGUGUAAAAAAGACAUUUUUAUGACAGUUGGGGAAAUGGGACUAUUGACAGUAUUAGAUAAUAUUAAGAAUUAAUGUUCUUGUUAGAUGUACAAAUAGCAUUGUGUUUAUGUAAAAGUGUCUUAGAGAUAAAUUAGCAAGUUUAUAGACAUAAAAUGAUAUGUCUAGAAUUACCUUUAAAAUGCUCAUGCAAAAGAAAAGUGAAGCGGAUAACUUGUUUGUCAAAAUCAUGGUAAGAUGAGUCAGGUGCGUGGUUUUUGCUUAUUUUGUUUUUGCUCUUUUCUCUAUUUUCAUGUAUUUUAAAUUUUCCGUAAUUUUUUUUAAAGAUAAAAUAUCUGUGAAAUUAUAACCCACUUAAAGUGAAUGAUGUUUGUAAAUGGCUACAUAUCAGAAUUUAAGGAUGUUGCUAAAGUUUUACACACAGGGAUAUUAAAUGUGCUAUAAUGUAUUUGGGAAAUGAAGAUUGAGGAUCCAGAUUUUAUCUAGUUCACCUAAUGCUACAUCUGUUGUAGUGCCUGUCCCAUAGUACUUCGCAUAUUUCAAGAGUGGGUAAAAAGAGCAAUUACAACUACUUGUGGAAAUUAAUGGAAUAGAACUGUAUUAUCUGAUAAGGUAGCUGCUAGCAACAUGUUGAGCACUUAAAAUUGAGCUAUUGAGAGCCUGAAUGGUGGUUAGUACAAAUUAAGAUGGUGUUAAGUGUAAAAAACACAGGAGGUUUUGAAUACCUAGUUCUAAAAAAAUAUCUAACAGGCCAGUUUCUCACAGCAUUUCUCUGCUGUUGUUGGGAAGCUGUGAUAUUCAGUGGAUUGCAUUACUGCAUAAUACAGAACCCAAUUUAAGUAUGUCUCUGCUCCCAAGUAGCAGCAUGUUUACACACUGAG